GCAAGGCAUUUGCUUCACCAAUACAAUCCUCUUAUUACUUUUCAUCUUUACAUGUCAACAUAUCAAUGGAUUCUUAAAGAGCAUGUACCAACCAAAUGUAUUUUGCUAAAAAUAAGUAGAAGCAUAAUUUGCUUGUGAUAUAUCUAAACCAUCAAUUUGGAAAGUUUUAUAUAGAUAUAGGCUUUUUCCACUUUCCAAUGCAAUCUCACUUCAAAAGAAAUAAUGACAAUAAGCAACUAUUUUAUGCAGUUUCAUAAUGUGAUUUAAUUGACAACAUGAUGAUGAGCAUGUUGAAUGUGAAGAGCUACAAUACAACAUCUCAUUAAUCAGCAUCCCUCUAAAGAUGAAUGCAUGGUAAUCCAAUAUGUCCCAUAAAUUAAACUAGGGGGAAAUGCAGCACCUAUGGCUUGGUUAUAUUGGAUUUACAUGACAAUUUUUUUUUCAUUUGCCCUUAAGUAACUUGUGCUUUGCUCCAUUAGCAGUGUACUGACUGCUGAACUCCAAAAGCAAUAUUAAAGUGGCAUUUGGUACAAGGUUAAAAAAUGAGAGGGAAUUUGUACAAGAACACAAAUUAUAUGAGGAAUUGUUAAAAGUGAAAAGUUAAUAUUCAAAGGUUGUUUGGUGUGUUAACAAAUUAUAGUGUACAUUGUUAGUAAGGAGAGAGAGAGAGAGAGAGAGAGAGAGAGAGAGAGAGAGAUCAUGGGGAAUAUUGGAGAGAUUCAGGAGGAAAUAGAGAGGUGGGUUUCUCCUUCACCGGCCUUCCCACCUUCAACAGGAACAACACCCAUGCCUCUAGCCUUAAACCAUAUCUCUUUUGUUUGCAAGUCUGUUGCCGAAUCUGUCGAGUUCUACUAUGAUGUUUUGGGUUUUGUUCUCAUCAAAAGACCUUCUUCCUUCAAAUUUGAAGGAGCAUGGUUGUUCAACUAUGGUAUAGGCAUCCAUCUGCUUGAAUCAGACAAGGCCCCAGCAAAGAAGAGUAAGAUCAAUCCAAAAGACAACCACAUUUCAUUUCAAUGCUCAGACAUGAAUCUUGUUAUCAAGAAACUAGAGGAGAAGAACAUUGAAUAUGUUACUGCAGUGGUUGAAGAAGGUGGCAUCACAGUUGACCAGCUCUUCUUCCAUGACCCUGAUGGCCACAUGGUGGAAAUAUGCAACUGUCAAAAUCUUCCUGUUCUUCCACUCUCUGCAUGCCCCAUCAAUUUACCUAAGACCAACGGGAAGCUGGCAUCAUCAGUACCAUCACUGUGUGGAAAAUCAAUGGCAGGGAAGCAGAAUUGGGAGUUGCAAUGCUUCGCGGAAGUCGCCUCUCUGAUGAUGGACAACUUGGUGGUGAACAUGAUGGAUUUUUCAAUAUGAGGAUUCAGGAAGAAUGGUGGAUGCCAAGUUUUGGUUCUUCUGCAACUUGCUUGCAAAAUUGUUUCAUGCACGUUUUGUAAAGAGAGGUUGAAAUUAAAGCUUUGUAAUGUAAGAAAAACGAUUAGGAUUUGAGGACGUUCUUGAUUUCUAUUAAAUAACUCUUAUAUAUAUAUAUGUAGUGCUCAGUUUGAUCCACUGUUCAU